GCAGUCGCUGUCUGCAAGACCAAUUGAUGAGCCAUGAAGAAGCCCUCACUUAUAGUUUUAUUUCUGGCCUUUUCUGUGCAAAGUAACAUUUUAAUUUGUCAGAAAGACGGCGCUUAUCUGAAGCCGUUCGAUUCCUCUGAAGAUGACCGCAUCAACUUUCUGCCAGGUCUUUCUCGUCAGCCAGCAUUCGGCCAGUUCUCCGGUUAUCUGACGGGGUCAAGCGACAAUUUUCAACUGCAUUAUUGGUUUAUUGAAGCUUCUGAAAAUUCGGACAGGGCGCCAUUAAUUUUAUGGCUCAAUGGCGGUCCUGGUUGCUCUUCAAUGGAAGGACUUUUGGAUGAAUGUGGUCCAUUCAAGCUAGUAGACGCAAAACAUCUUGAAGAGAAUCUCUGGUCUUGGAAUAAAUUUGCCAAUAUCUUGUACCUGGAAUCUCCUGUCGGUGUCGGAUUCUCAUACUCCAAGGACGGGAACGUUACUUCGGACGAUGAUAUGACCUCACUCAAUACUUACCAUGCACUGCUGAACUUCCUGGAGAAGUUCCCCGCUUACAAAAAACGCGAUUUUUACAUCACUGGAGAAAGUUAUGGCGGAGUUUAUAUACCUUCGCUAGCUACACGCAUUCUCAAAAGCAAACCCAAGGAUUUGAUAUUAAAGGGCAUCGCAGUGGGGAAUGGUUUGAACAGCUACCGUUUCAACGACAACUCGCUGUUGUACUUCAUAUACUACCAUGGACUCAUUGACGAAAGUCUGUGGAACUCUGCUUUGGCCGCUUGUUGUGGUUCACAAUGCGCGAGUAAAUGCAUGUUCACCGAUAACAAUUCUCUGGCUUGUCAAUCUGCGGUUAGCACAAUACUGGUCACGCUGUCUGGUCUGGACUUGUACAACUUGUAUUCCAAAUGUGCUGGCGGCGUUCCCACGGCCUUUUCGCGAAACAACUUAUUCCCAUUGCACCCCACCAAUUCCGGCUCUUUUCGACCAGAUGCGGGCAACUUGUUCCGAAGCAACAUAGUGAGACAGGCGUUGAUUGGGUUCACGAGGCCAACAAAAAAUCUCAUACUUCCUUGCGUCGAUGAUUCGGUCAUUACCGAUUACCUUAACUCCCCCGCCGUGAUGAAGGCUAUUCACGUCACUCUGCCACCCAUGUCAAAGUGGGCGCUUUGUAGCGAAGAGGUCUACGCAAAUUACGUCCGCACUUACACGGACAUGUCGGACCACUAUCAACUGCUAUUGGAUGCUAAGAUUCGUGUAUUGGUUUACUACGGUGAUACUGACAUGGCUUGUAAUUACUUGGGUGGCCUGUGGUUUGUGGACAACUUCAACUUUAAGCUUGACAGGCCUAUGGAGCACUGGCUGUUUGAAGAUCUGGAUAAGACGAAUCAAGUCGGUGGGGUUCACAAAGUACUUAAAUCCCCGCGGGGUGAUCUAUGGUACGCGACGAUUCGUGGCGCGGGCCACAUGGUGCCUCGGGACCAGCCAGUGGCUAUGUACCACUUGAUCACAAGUUUCAUCAGCGGAAAAGAACUUUAACUAGAUUUUCUUCGAUUUGUAUUUUCAUCCUUCCGUUGAUUACCAUCUAUCGCGGUGUUUUUUACCCUAUUUUCCUCGCUAUUUUUGCUAGAUUACUGUUUCAUUCGUUACUCUGAUCGACUUUUUAAUUCCUACCGGUUAUGAAUUUUAUCAAUCUUUGCACACUGCCGGUUAUCUUGCGGAGUUCGAUUUCUUUUACGUUGUACGCUGUAGAUGUUUCAGAUGCUAUUGUUACAGUCUUUUAGACCGUAUGGUGGUCACAA